AUGGUUGCGCCUUCUCCAACUUCCACGGUGAUAAGAACCAAGAAAACUAAGGCUGUGGGAAUUCCCACGAUCGACCUUUCCAUGGAAAGGACAGAGGUGUCAGAACUAGUGGUGAAAGCAUGCGAGGAAUACGGUUUCUUCAAGGUGGUGAACCAUGGUGUUCCAAAAGAGGUCAUUUCAAGAUUGGAAGAGGAGGGAGCUGAGUUUUUCAACAAAAACUCCUCGGAGAAGCGUCAAGCUGGCCCUGCCACUCCUUUCGGUUAUGGCAGCAAAAAUAUAGGCCUCAAUGGCGAUAUGGGUGACCUCGAGUAUCUCCUCCUUCAUACCAAUCCUCUUUCUAUCUCUGAGAGAUCCAAAACCAUAGCAAACGACCCUACCAAGUUCAGUUGCGCGGUGAAUGAUUAUAUAGAAGCAGCUAAAGAGCUAGCAUGUGAGAUUCUUGAUCUAGUAGCGGAAGGUUUGUGGCUCCCGGACAAGUUAUCACUGAGCAAGCUUAUCAAAGACAUCCAUGGUAGUGACUCACUCCUGAGGAUCAAUCACUACCCUCCUCUUAAGGACAAUAAUCAUAGUAAUAAUAAUAAUAACAACAACAACAACAACGUUGGCUUUGGGGAGCAUUGUGACCCUCAGAUCUUGACCAUCAUGCGAUCCAACAACGUGGGUGGCCUUCAGAUUUCCACCCAUGAUGGACUGUGGAUCCCAGUUCCCCCUGACCCCAACGAAUUCUUCGUCAUGGUUGGGGAUGCCCUUCAGGUUUUGACAAAUGGAAGGUUUGUAAGCGUGAGACACAGAGCAUUGACUAACACAGUGAAGCCCAGAAUGUCAAUGAUGUACUUUGCAGCGCCACCGCUGAAUUGGUGGAUAACUCCACUGCCAAAGAUGGUGACACCCCACAAUCCAAGUCUAUAUAAGCCCUUCACGUGGGGCCAAUACAAGCAAGCAGCAUACUCUCUCAAAUUGGGAGAUUCUCGCCUUGAUCUCUUCAAGCUCCAACAGCAACAAGAUAGCCAUCUCUCACCUGCUUCUCAAUGA